AUGGGCACCAGGCAAUUCCCCAAGAUCAAGAGCGUACGCGCCCUGUGCCAGCAGGGCUCAGGAGGAGACCAGGGUGCCGACUGCCAUGAUGUCCAAGACAACCAUUGGCUCAACUGUGGGCUGGCUCCCAUAGCAACACCAAUGGGUUUUCACCCACAGUAUGCCGGGACUAGAAAGUCAUGGGGCAUCAAUGUUCUAGGAACGCUGGCUGUUGAAAUAGAAGCAGAAGACGGAACUGUGGGUGUAGGGGUGACAAUCGGCGGUGAACCUGGCUGUUACAUUGUGGAAAAGCAUCUCAGCAGGUUUGUUGAAGGUCAGGACCCCAGAAAUGUUGAGCUGAUAUGGGACCAGAUGUUCCGCGCCACCAUUAACUAUGGACGUAAGGGACUGCCUAUCCAGGCGAUAAGUGCCGUGGAUUUGGCGCUCUGGGAUCUUCUCGGAAAGUUGAGGAAUGAACCGGUGUAUGCCCUUCUGGGUGGGAAAACCAAAGAUAGGCUACCGGUUUAUUCAACAACAGGAAGACCCGACAUUGCUCAAAAACUAGGUUUUGUUGGUGCCAAGAUCGCCUGCUGUCAUGGACCCAGUGAAGGGGACGAAGGCCUGAGGAAAAACAUCGAGUUUUUCAAAGGAUGGAGGGAGAAGGUCGGGCCGAACUUUCCACUAAGCCUAGACUGCUACAUGGCUCUGAGUGUGCCCUAUGCUUCAAGACUCGCUCGGGAGCUUGAACCUUAUGGGCUGAAAUGGAUAGAAGAAUUUUUGCCUCCUGAUAACUAUGAUGGUUAUAAGCAAGUCAGAAAAAACCUGCGAGGAUCUAACGUCUUGCUGACUACAGGAGAGCACGAAUAUACCCGCUAUGGCUUUCAACAGCUGCUGGAGUCUCGAUGUGUUGACAUCAUACAGCCAGAUAUCACUUGGCUUGGAGGCCUUACAGAAGCCAGGAGAGUCGUGGCAAUGGCUUCAGCAUACGAUACUCUGGUUAUCCCUCAUGGCUCUAGUGUCUACUCAUACCACCUGCAGUAUGCCUUCCAGAACUGCCCCCUGGCUGAAUACAUCAAUAUGAGUGCCAAGUCGGACACCAUUGUGCCUUAUUUUGGAGGUCUCUUUCCCGAUGAACCGCUUCCAGAAAAUGGAUUUAUAGACUUGCCAGAUCGUCCUGGGUUUGGGGUCACGCUAAAGAAAGACAAUCUCUCUCGGCCUUAUGCUAGAUCAGAGGAGGACUCUAAACGGCAAGCUGAGGCCAACAUAAAUAGGGCCUUACCCACCAAACCAGUCUUUCCGUUUUAA